AUGCCGCCGAAUUACGCAGCCCCCAGUCGACUCCUGGCACGUUGGGAGAACUUCUGUUUGUUCACAAACCGGACUCGCCCGAGAAGAUGUCCUUGUCAGCAAAUAUCACGACCGGUUGCCCUCAGGAACUCCUUUCAUUCUCAGGCUAGCCCCAAAUCAAAGCCCAGAGUACAGUGGGCGACCCUUGCGAGCAGGAGUGCCGUAUUGGUCGGACUCGCCAUCGGAUCUCUACAACUCUUCAACGAGACACCAUCAGACCGAAGCCACAAGAAGACCACCGACUCCAAAAUCAAGACUUUCCGCCUGGCCGAAGUGAGACAACAUGACGGGUCAUCCCAAAAUCCAUGGGUAAUCAGGGGAACCUCCGUUUAUGACAUCACAGACUGGAUUGCAGCGCAUCCUGGAGGAGAUGUGAUUUUGACCGCUGCCGGGGGAAGUCUCGAGCCCUUCUGGGACAUUUUUACCAUCCAUAAGCGCCCCGACGUCUACGAGAUCCUGGAAGAGUACAAAAUCGGCGUCAUCGACGAGGCCGAUUUACAGGAUGGUCGCGUGCCUCAAGGGGCGAUUUUGGAUCCAUUCCAGAAUGAUCCCGAACGCGAUGCGCGACUGAUCACACUGACGGCUUGCCCACGAAACGCAGAAACACCUCGAGAUGGCUUGAAGGAUUUCAUCACUCCCAAUGAGCUAUUCUAUGUCCGUAACCACUUUUGGGUCCCCGCCGUGAAAGGCGAGGAUCAUGAGAUCAAUAUUGAGAUGGUUGACGGAACGGAGCGAACGUACACGGUCAAGGAGUUGAAGGAGCGCUUCCCACGGCAUAAGAUCACAACUACACUGCAAUGUGCAGGGAAUCGCCGAAAGUCCAUGACCGACGCUGCAGGGACCACCAAGGGUCUUCAGUGGAAGGCUGGCGCCAUUUCGACCGCCGAAUGGGAGGGAGUCCGGCUGGUUGACGUUCUCGCUGACGCGGGCUUAAGUCUCGACCAAUUGCCCGACGAUGCCCAACAUGUGCAAUUCUCCGCGAUGGAGGCGUAUGGAGCGUCCAUCCCCAUCCGCAAGGCGAUUGACCCGUGGGGGGAUGUGCUCUUGGCCUUUUCGAUGAACGGGGUGGAGUUACCCCGAGAUCACGGAUACCCCGUACGCGUGAUCGUGCCCGGCACGGUGGCCGCCCGCAGUGUGAAAUGGCUCUCACAGAUCACCAUCUCUCCGGACGAGUCACCGACGCAGUGGCAGCAGCGCGACUAUAAGAGUUUUUGCCCGAGCGAGGUCAACAACCCCCGCUGGGAGCGGGCUCGCUCAAUUCAAGAAAUGCCCGUCACGUCUGCCAUCACUCACGUCGAGGUUCCCCGGAAAGACGAAGGGAAUGGCCUGGGAACCAUCUCGGCGGAGGGCUAUGCUUACUCUGGGGAGGGCGAGAGAUCAUUCGCGUGGACGUCAGUGCCGAUGGUGGCCGCACCUGGCACGAGGCUGAGUUGCUGGACGAUCGGGCUCGCGUCAAAGGGAAUCGGGCCUGGUGCUGGAAGCGGUGGCGUUAUCGGGGCCCGAUGCCCGAUGAUCGGACCGACUCCGUUUCCGAGUGCACGAGGCUGGUGGUCAAGGCGACCGACGAGGCCUACAACACGCAACCCCAGACCCAUGAGAGCAUCUUCAAUGCCAGGGGAAACUUGGCCACGGCGUGGGAUUGUGCGGAAGUGUCGAGCGUCACGGCUGACACGUAAUCAGAUCCAUCGGUUUUGGUGA